AUGGAAGCUAUCAGACUCGCUGCCUCUUUAACAGGCCUCCUCACAGCUGGUGCUCAUGUUAUUAUGAUUCUUAAGCAAUAUUUUUCACAUCCAUACAUGGCCACUCUAGCACAGACCGUCCACUCUGAGAUCCAUGACUUCAGUUUCGCGCUCACCAAGCUGAAACCUCUGAUUGACGGCACGGAGCCACUGAAUUCAGCAAGAGCGAUACAUAUAGAUAUCGGUCAGCUUUCUAUGACAAUCGCGGGAUGUAUGUUCACAUUUUCGGUUCUUGAAAAAGAGGUGGAUUCGAUGAAUGCCAUGUUGGCAGGUGGUCGUUGA